CAUAACGACAUGACGGACUGUUAUGUUUUCAGUAGCAACCGUUACUCUGGACUGAAUAAAGUCAUCGUAAAAGACUGAAAUAUGUCCACUCUGCUCGAUGAGACAUCAGCUGAUGUCCCGGUUAGAGACAUCACAGUCCACCUGUCCCGACUUGCAGCUGGUUCUCAAGACUCGUCGCUGCAUCAAAAUGCUCGGGCACGACAGGACAUCUCUCGGGUGUCCAGGGAGGAGCUGGAGGAUCGGUUCCUGCGCCUCCAUGAGGAGACCCAGGUCCUCAAACAGCACAUUCACAAACAGGAUGACAAGAUCAAGAAGCUGGGCACUAAGCUGAUGAGGCUGGUGAAGGACCGAGGUCGUAUGGAGCAGCUGGCGGCGGGGGGGGCCCAGCCGGUCUUCAGGGUCCGGGAUGUGGAGAUGGAGGAGGUGAUGGAGGAGCUGCAGGAGAGGGUCCGGGGGCUGCAGGCGGAGAACGAGGGACUGAAGCAGCGGCUGCUCGUGGCCAAACAGCAGCUGAUCAACUCCCAGAGCAGGAGGCUGUCACCGUACGGACACGUCCAGUCCAGAGUCAACUCUGGACUGAAGAAGCUGAGGGACGACUCCCCCUCCCCCCCUCACACACGACCCAAGAGUACGAGGAGCCUGGAGGGGGGGGGUCGACCUCCGACCGGUCAGCUGCCUCGGUACGGACACAGUCUGCUGGAGGAGGCCAGAGCCGAGAUCCGCAACCUAGAGAACGUGAUCGAGUCUCAGCGCAGCCACAUGGAGGAGAUGGAGGGAGCGUCAGAGCUGCUGAGGGAGGCGCAGAGGAAGAAGGAGGCCGAGUACGAGGAGAGACUCCUGCAGCUCCGCCAGCAGCAGAACUCCAAACUGAGGUCACAUGUGAACAACAACGUGACGAUGAUCAAGCUGCAGAAGCAGCUGACUGACAGGUCCAACGCCGUAACAGAGCUGGAGGGUCGAUUUCUGCAGCUGCAGGAGAGUCAGCUGACGCUGAAGGCCAGUCAUGACGCAGCGAUGCUGAAGGUGGACGAGCUGUCGGGGGAGCUGAAGGACGAGAGGCUGAAGAGUCUGGACCUGGAGAAGCAGCUGCAGAGCUGCAGCAUUUCCAAGAAGAAGAUGGAGCAGUUGCAGGAGCAGAUCAGUGAACUGGAGCAGGAGAGGGAUUUGCUGAAGGAGAACAAUGAGAAGCUGGUGAACAGUGCCUUGGAUGUGUCCCAGCAGCAGAAGUGGCAGAUCCAGGAGCAGCAGCUGAAGUUACAGAUCUCUCAGCUGGAGACGGCGCUGAAGGCCGACCUCGUCGACAAGAACGAGAUCCUGGACAAACUGAAGGCUGAGAGAGACACGAGCGAGAAGCUGACGGCAGAAAACCAGAGACUUCAGAUCCAGUUUCUGGAGCAGAAGCAGCGACAGGAGGAGCUGAGUGAGCGUCUGAAGCUCUACAGCAGGAAGGAUGAGCACGACGUGUCUGAACUGACUGAAGCUCUGCUGCUGAUCAAGAGUCGUAAGUCCCAGAGGAGCGGCGACCUGGGCUUCCUGAAGGAGGUGGAGGAGGGAGGGAGCAGCUCGGUCAGAGAGCUGCGAGCCGCUCACGCUGAGACCAUCCAGGAGCUGGAGAAGACCAGAAACAUCCUGAGCAUGCAGACCAGGAUCAGCAAAGACUACAAGGUGGAGCUGGAGGCUGUGACACAGAAGAUGAACAGUGAUAAAGUGGAGUAUGAGCAGCAGCUGGAACGACAGGCUCAUCUGUUGGACACGAAGACGGCAAAGAUCAAGAAACUAGAAGCUCAGCUCAGAGGCGUCGCCUACGGCACCAAAACCUACGUCUUCAAACCGGACGUCACCGACGAGGACGAGUUUGAUGAAGCUCUUCACCUGGAGCGAGGAGAGAACCUCCUGGAGCUGCAGAUAGUCGGCGCAACGCUGGCCCCGUCUGCCCUGGAGGCUCUGGGCGACGCUGAGCCCUCCACCUUCUGUACGUACUCCUUCUACCUGUUCGAGCUGCACGCCACGCCGGUGGUGACAGGCGUCAGACCCGUCUACGGCUUCACGUCCAGGUACGUGGUGAGCGUGGAUGACCGCUUCCUGGACUACCUCAGCAGAUCCUCCGUCACUGUGGAGCUGCAUCAGGCCCUGGGUCUGGAUUGGAGGACGCUGGGCUCCGGACGGCUGAGACUGCAGCAGCUGCUGGAGCAUGAUGGGAAAGUCCACGGGACCGUCCCGCUGGUCGGAGCAGCUGAUGAGCUGAGGUCUGUGGGCUCGGUGGAUUACUGGCUGAGACUGAGGAUCCCCAUGACGGAGAGCGUCCUCCUCUACAGGGAGAAGGUGAAGGCUGUGGGCCACGUCCACUCAGCCCCGACUGAAGGAGCACAGCUGCAGUCUUUGAGCAGCAGUAGCAGCAGCUGGAACCAGCUGUUCAUCACGGUCCACGGCUGUCGAGACCUCGGGUCCAGAUCAUCCCAGCGUCCCAGUCCCUACGUGGUCUACAAGUUCUUCGACUUCUCUGACUCCCCAAGCGCCACCGUCCCCGACAACUGUGACCCCCACUUCGAUGACCUCAGGUCCUUCUCGGUCCUGAUGGACGGGGGUCUGGACCGGUACCUGAGGUCGGAGGUCCUGCAGUUCUACGUGUUCGACUACAAGGAGGAGCAGAUGGACACGUACCUGGGGAAGACCAGAGUCCCUCUGCUGCCUCUGGCUCAGGACCACAGGGUCACAGGUGUGUUUGAGCUAACCGAUCCCUCUGGACUUCCCGCUGGACACAUACAGGUAACCCUGAAGUGGAAGUUCACCUACCACCCUGUAGAGGAGGAAACUGCAGAGCCGAAGAACGAGCACGGUGAUGAAGAGGAGAGAGAUGAACGACUGAAGGACAGACACCUGGAAGAGAUACUGCAGGAGGAGGACCAAGAUCCUCCUCCUCUCUCCUCCCUCCCUCGUGUUGCUGCAGCUAAGGCCCCGCUGCCAAAACUCAGACAGAAGACACAGGUGAAAGACGCACAGGCUGCCAAGAGAGUCACCUUCAUAGAGUCGAGAGCUGCAGACGAGCAGCAUGAGGACAGGAGCUCAGCAGGCAGGAGAGAGACGACAUCAUCACCUGGUGAACAGGUGUCUCAGCCGGAGGUGAGUCCAGCUCGUCGCCCCGCUCCAGAGGAAGAGGACGAUGAAGACGAGUCUCACUUCUCUGAAGGACAGCUGGUCCCGGCGAGCUCUCAGUCCUACUCUGAUGAUUCUGAAAUCUCUGAGGACAUAAUCCAAGAUGUGGCCAAACAGGAUCAGAGUGAAUCGACUCAGUCGGACAGCGAUGACUGCAUCGUUCAGGGUCAGGCCACGGGGAGGAAGUCCUCGGAGCGAGUUCGGGUGGAGGUGGUGUCUCUGAGCCUGAGGGCAGAGUCUCGCAUGGCCCAGGACAGCAGCGUGGUGCGUCUGUUUGUGGAGUACUCCUUCCUGGAUCUGCCCACGGAGGAGACCCCCCUCUCUCUACCCAAACCCCCCCAGGGCAAGAGCAUCAACUUCAACUACAGCAAAGUCAUCCCUGUGGACGCUGAGGACAACGGGGCGAGGCGGCAGCUGCUGAGGGACGUCCUGCAGGGACGAAACCCUGCGAUGGAAAGGAUCCGGUUCACGGUGGUGAGUGAACCUCCAGAGGAGGAGGAGCAGGAGAGAGAGUGUGAGGACGUGGGAGUGGCCUUCAUCAGGAUCCCUGAGAUCCUGGAGACACAACGAGACCUGACGGAGACCAGUCUGACCGUGUUGGAUGUGGGGGACAGCAGUGAGGUGGUCGGCAGUCUGACUGUGUCUGUGGAGGGUCUGGAGGCUCUGCAGGCCAUCAUGGAGGACCAGGACCAGGACCCUGAACGAACCCCCGUCUCGUCUCUGCUUCCAACAGCAUGAGGCAUCGCUGACUCAGCAUCAGCUGACAUCAUCGACCAGACAAACUAACGACAUACAUGAGAUGUUUCAGGACGGGGUCUGAGGCCUCAGGGUUUUCAUGUGAUCCGGAUCAGAGUGGAACUGAACAUGUUCUACAUGUCAGUGAGUUUCACACUGAAACACAGUCUUGUUUAAAAACUUGAUCAGUUUCAGGUCAUGGUUGAAACGCACCUCUGGCCAGAUGUGAGACAGUGACCUGAGCAGCCACCAGGUGGAGCUGUGAAUACAGUCUGUAUAAAACACAGAAGAAGAAGAACUGAAGACCAGUGUCCCUCUGCUCUGACAUAUUAGUGAGUGUUUAAUGUCCAACAGCUGUUUAAUCCAGUUUUUAUUUAAUUAUUUAAUGAUGUUUUUACUGAGUCCGUGUGAGUGUGCUGAUCCAGGUGAGCGGACUCACCUGCACAGUCCAGACUCAUGUGUCAGUCUGUGUCUGUUUAUCGGAGAGAGUACGUGCCUUAAAUCUGAGCUUUCCUCUGAAGUUUUGUAUUGUGCUCUAAUAAAGAGAGUUUCUCUUCACACCUGGGUCCAAAUAUCAUCAAUGUCAUCAUCGCACAGCUCUGUGAUCCAACAUCAACUCUGAUAUGAAUCUGGUCAGUAUGAUCACAAUAUUCAAUAAUAAUCAAGUACACAUUUUACAUACAAACAUCCCGCUCAAAACUACAUUAGCUUAGGUAAAAAAACGGUUCAAGUAAAAAUGAAGAAAAAACUGAAAAGAAUAGAAACUAAAUUAAUAAACAUAAUGAGACUCAUACAUACGCCCAUGUGAUUACUGCUGUGGGCUUUGUUGCUCCAUGUAUUAUCUCACCUGACUUCCUCAAGUGUUUUUGACAGAAAGCCUUUGCUGUUCAAAAUAAACAUUUUUAAAUAAACUUU